GUCUUUGGUUGAUUCAGAGGUUGAUAUUCAGAUUUAAUAUAUUGGUUUUGAUCAUCGUGUUGAGAUACAAGUUGGUUAAGAUUAUCUGAAAUGUCUUUCAGAUUUUUCUUUCUUUUUCCUAAGAAAUCCAAGGUUGAAGAAGGAGAUUGGGAAAAGAAGAGAUAACUCAGUGUAAUCGUUGUUCUUCAACACGAAUUUUGGUUGUGCUAUAUAUAUAUAUAUAUAUACAUACACAUCGAUAUAAGUAUAUAUACAACUGUUUUUGUAUAUCUGAAGUGAAAUUGUUGCUGUUGAUCCAUCGAACUUCUCUCCUUCUACUGGGAUGUCGACUACGGUUAUGAGUGAUGCGAUGAUGAUGCCGGCGACGGAGUCGCCGCCGGUGACGGCGAAUCUGAGUUCUCAGACGACGGAAGUAGAGUUUGCCGUUUGCGAUUGCUGUGGAUUAACGGAGGAGUGUACGCCGGCGUACAUGGAGAGGAUUCGAGAAAGGUAUCAAGGAAAAUGGAUCUGUGGAUUAUGUGGAGAAGCGGUGAAAGAUGAAAUCGUUAGAAGUGAAAGGCUGAUCAGCACCGAAGAAGCUAUGAAUCGCCAUAUGACGUUUUGUAGAGCUUCUAGAUCAUCAGGUCCGCCACCUAAUCCGGCGGUGCAUUUGAUCGCCGCCAUGAGACAGAUUCUCCGGCGAAGUUUGGAUUCACCUAGAUCUCUAAGGUCUAUGCCUAGUAGUCCAACGAAGAACAUCGAUAGCAGUUCACUUUCUCGAUCUGAAAGCUGUAUGCCAAAUCUAACCCUAGCUGUUGAUUCAUCCUCGUAUCCUGAAUUGAAAGAAGCUGAUGAAUGAUCCAACAGAAUCCGCCAUGGACGAACAAUGUAAGCUUCAAUUCCUUGAUCAAAAAAAUCCGCCAUGAAUGAACAAUGUAAGCUUCAAUUCCUUGAUGCUGCAAACAGGAUUUGGGAAAAAUUAGAUGAUUAAUUUAGAUUGAGACAGUAAUUGUACCCAAAAUCAUCAUAAUUACUAGAGAUUAAGAACGGUUUCAUCUUAUAUUGUUCUUCCUGCAA